AAAUAAGUAUAAAUAACUGCAAUAUUACCUGUAGUUCGUAUCUGUGACAUACUCUUCGCAAGAAUGAGUAAGAUCGGUAUUUUAUUGUGCCUGGUUGCGACCACAGUUGCUUUGGAAACGCAGGAGCCUCUUCAGGAGUUUUCCAAUGGAAAUCAAAAGUUCAGUGCAGACGUGCUUAAGGUGGUCUUUACCGACGAACACAAUAAAGGUAUAAUCAGCCCUCUAUCAGUACAGUUAGUUUUGGCCCUAACAGCAGAGGGCGCUGAAGGGGACACUUACGACCAACUCAGGAAAGCAGUAAGCUUGCCUGACAAAGAGAGGACUACCGAAGCUGUCAAGGCCCUCCUGCCCAUCUUGAAUAAAUCCGCGAAAGAUUUCAAUGUAUCACUAGCCGACAAGCUGUACAUCGAUAAUAAGUUUAAAGUGAAAAGGAGUUUCAAAAAGGUCGCCGUCAGUGCUUAUCAAUCCGAUAUACAGAACGUAAAUUUUGCUAAGAGCGGUCCGACUGCUGAUUUGAUAAAUAAAUGGGUCGAGUCUAAAACGAACGAUAAGAUCAAAAAUUUGAUUCGUCCUAAUCAACUCACCGCUGACACCGAGCUGGUUCUUGUGAAUGCCGUGUAUUUGAGCGGAAAAUGGCAAACGCCUUUCCCACCAUCCAAGACUUCAAAAAAACCGUUCCACUAUCUCAAUAAAAAAGUUGAAGACGUAGAUACGAUGCAUUCUGCCGAAAACUCCAGGUACUUGUACCGCCGUUGCGGAUUCUUGCAGGCGCAGUUCUUGGAAAUUCCUUUCGAAGACAGCACCGUCAGCGUUACUUUCGUUCUACCCGACGCCCAGGAUGGUAUUGUAGAGUUACACAAGCACGUGGAACUUUUCUUGGAACCCCACAAUCUCACCCUACAGAGGGUAGCUGUCAGUUUGCCUAAAUUUUCCGCGUCUACAUACCAUGACUUCAAAGAAAUUGUAUCCAAAUUGGGAGCUACAAAGGUUUUCAGCAAAGAGGCUGACUUGUCGGGCAUAUCAGAAGAAAAGGAUCUUUACGUAGACUUCAUUCAACAGAAGGCUUUUAUAAAUAUUACUGAAGCUGGCGUUGAAGCUGCAGCUGCCACAGCAGCUGGAGUUGCAUCACUUUCCGCGUCAAUAGCCCGAGAACCUCCACAGCUGACGUUUAAUGCUGACCACCCAUUCUUCUACUACAUCAGAGAGAAUAAAUCUAAAGCUAUAAUAUUUGUCGGUCGCUACCAAUAAUAAUCUACAAGCUUGUACUUGCAAAAAUAAAUCGUAACUAGAUGAGCAUUA